UGGAAUCAGGUCACGCUUCUGGUGCAGUUGAACAAUCCCAUCAAUGUGGCGAAUGGGAAUAUCGAAUUAUAUCUGAACGGAGUCAAAGCCUUGGCACAGCAGACCUGCAGAUCCGGGCGGCCAACAGCGUCACGGCUGGGGGCAUGUACUUUUCCACCUUUUUCGGGGGCUCAGACUCGAGCUGGUCGACUCCGACGACGACCCACACCUAUUUCCGCAACUUCCAGUUGUUUGAGGCUACACACCGUCGACUUUGACCGGUGCAACCGUCAAAAGUUCGGCGUCCCGUGUGUGCCGGUUUCAGCACUCUCUUAGUUAUAUGUUCCGGACUAUUCAUAUUUGUAUUGUAAUCACGAUUCGUUUGAAUGCAUGCGACGCGGACAUUUCACUUACUUA